CACAAUUUGCAUCAUUAAUAAACUUACCAAAAGAAAAUAAUAAUAAUAAUUAUCAACAGCAACAAAGCAAAGAAAGAAAAACAUCACAAUUUUCUAGAAAGAAAUCCUCAUCAAAAAGAACAAGAAAUAAUAGGAGUGGUACAAGUGGUAAUAUUGAACCUGUAAAUGCUUCAAUAAAUUCGUCAUCAUCGUCAAUGAAAGGUGGACCAUCGUCAACAAAAUCGCUAUCAUCGCAAAAAUCACCAUCACUUUCAACGUUGAAUGGAAAGAAGAAAUUGGUUGAUGUUGUGUCCGAUGAAAAAGAGAACGCAUCCAUAACUAGCUCAUCAAGUUCAUUUAUAGCUAAAAGACGUAAACGUAAUGACAAAAAAGGAAAAGGUGCACAAGAAGCUCAAGGAAGAAAAGAAAAAAUGACAUUUUUAUUAGAAUUAAGAAGAAAAAUGUGGUUUGGUGGAAGUAAUAGUAGCGGAGGUAAUAGCGAGGAUAGUAUCUUAAGUGUUGAAACUGUUAAUGGUAAGAAUAAUGGAGGGAAAAAAACUUUUGAAUGA